CUACCUACCACACCCCGUAUAAAGCACCACCGCAUGAACUGUCCCCCGAAAGAAGCAGACCUCUGAUCUCAUAACCCACCCCCCCCUUAAUAGUCCUCGAACGUGCUUUACCUCGAGGUAAGCCGCCCCUGCCAAGAAGAUGCCUACAGAAUUCAUCAGCCUCACGUUUCCCAACCCCUCCACGGAGAUCGACCCGAUCCCCAACGCCUCCAUCGACCCGGACUUCCUGAAGCGGUAUGCCCGGAACCUGGACGAUUAUGACUUCAACUACACGCUCGUGCCGUACGACUCCUCGUCCUACGACCCGUUCACCAUCGGCGCCACCAUCGCCGCCGCGACCCAGAACCUCAAGAUCAUCAUCGCCCUGCGCCCCAACACGCUGUACCCCACCGUGGCCGCCAAGGCGCUCGCGACGCUGGACCAGCUCAGCCGCGGGCGCGCCGUCGUGCACUUCAUCGCGGGCGGCAGCGACGUCGAGCAGGCGCGGGAGGGCGACUUCCUCAACAAGGAGGAGCGGUACGCGCGGCUGGAGGAGUACAUCCGGAUCCUGAAGCGCGCCUGGGCCUCGCCCGAGCCCUUCGACUGGGACGGCAAGUACUACCAGUUCAAGCAGUUCCGGAACCUGGUGCGGCCCGUGAACGGGACGCACAUACCGGUGUCGGUGGGCGGGUCCUCCGCCGAGGCGUACCGGGUCGGCGGCAGCCUCGCCGACAUCUUCGGGCUCUGGGGCGAGCCCUUGAAGGAGACCAAGGAGCAGAUCGACCGCAUCUACGCCGAGGCCGAGAAGGCCGGCCGCCAGGACAGGCCCCGCAUCUGGGUCACCUUCCGCCCCAUCGUCGCCGAGACCGACGACCUCGCCUGGGCCAAGGCCCACCGCUACCUCGACCUGCUGAAGGAGAACCGCGCCGAGGGCAAGAGCCGCGUCCCCGCCGGCGCCCCGCCCCCGCAGAACGUCGGCUCCCAGCGCCUGCUGGAGAUCGCCAAGCGCGGCGAGGUCCAGGACCGCGCGCUGUGGUACCCCACUGUCACGGCUACGGGCGCGCGCGGCGCGUCCACGGCGCUGGUCGGCUCCCACCAGACCAUCGUCGAUUCGCUGCUGGACUACGUUGAUCUCGGGGCCGAGCUGAUCUCGAUCCGUGGGUAUGAUAACUUGAACGAUGCCAUCGACUACGGGCGUUAUAUCCUACCCAAGGUGCGGGGGGUUCUGAAGGAGAGGGAAGGGAAGACUAAUGGGACCAAUGGAACCAAUGGGACUCAUUAGUAUCAUCCGUUCUCAUGUUGGGAUUGAUGAUCGGAUGUGGCUUUACUGAGCAUUAGCGCAUGAUUGUGAUGGUUUGUGGUUUACAAUAGCGAGUUGGAAAAUUCAAGCAAUGAGCGAAUAGGAGGGGGACACAAUACUAUCGAAUAGGGGUGAAAGCCGUACAGAUCUCUCCC